AUGAGUAAGAGCGGAGACUUUGAGGCUGUCCGGAAGGAUAUUGCCAAGUUGAUGCAUCAGCCAGAGUUUGAUGAUGGAAGUGCAGGUACAUAUGACGCCGAAACAGAUACAGGCGGCUCGAACGGUGCAGGAAUGCGAUAUGAAGCCGAAGGUGGAGACCCAGCGAAUGCCGGGUUACAACACGCUAGAGUCUUCCUCGAAACUGUCAAAGAGAAACACCCUUGGAUAACUUACGCGGAUCUCUGGACGCUGGGCGGUAUAGUGGCAAUCAAGGAGAUGGGAGGUCCCGAGAUACCGUGGAAAGGCGGACGAACAGACUUCGUGGACGAUUCGAAACUUCCUCCGAGAGGCAGACUUCCAGAUGGUGCACAAGGAUCGGAUCACUUGCGAUUCAUAUUCUAUCGGAUGGGGUUCAAUGACCAGGAAAUUGUAGCGCUUUCAGGAGCCCAUAAUCUUGGACGGUGUCACAGUGAUCGAUCUGGCUUUGAAGGCGCCUGGGUCAACAAUCCUACAAGAUUCUCAAAUCAAUAUUUCCGUCUUCUCCUCUCGCUGCAAUGGAGGAAGAAGAAGCUACUAAAUGGAGUGGAACAAUAUGUCAACUAUGACGAGGAUUCCGAGGCCGAACUCAUGAUGCUGCCGACGGAUAUCGCGCUUACUCAAGACAAAAGCUUUCGGGCAUGGGUGGAAUUGUACGCGCGAGAUAAAGAUAGAUUCUUUGAAGAUUUCAGCAAGGUGUUUUCGAAAUUGAUUGAGUUGGGCAUUGUGAGGGAUGAGGACGGAAAGGUCACGAAUGCGGAUAAUGAGAGAGGCGGGUAUCAUGCUGCGCCAAAGAAGAAGGCGACACCUGGAAGCCCCGCGAAGAGUACUGAUGACAAGGUGGGACCGAGUGAAGCGGAGCCUUUGAAGGAGAAGAAUAAGCUGUUCAGGUCGAGGCUAUAG